CUACCCGCUGCAAUGUUCACUUUCAAGUCUAUCUAUUCAUUUACAUCUUACCAACCUUAAAAUCUUCAAAUUCUAUUCCGCUAAAUUGAAACAACAGUUUCUUCUUUAACCUCCAAUAUAGUAGUCCAGAUUCUUAUUAUACCCUACAACCAAUUUUCCAGUUUCCAUUGAAUCCGGGUCUGUCGAGAACUCAAAUGGCUGCUCUCACACUUUCUGUGCUACCAAUAAUACCUUCACAAACUUGCAAGAAGCCCAUUGAGAAUUCUUUGAUUCUCAAGUCUGAGAGUCUGUCAAAUUCUUUUAUUGGUACGAAGCUUUCGAUCCAAUCAUCGAAUUUCUCAAUUUUAGCAGCAAAACGACGUAGUUCUACUGUUGCUACUGUCCUGUACAGUCUCCCCACUGGAAAACAGGAGAGAAAUGCAUCUGAGGGGAAACCUAAAUGGUCAGCCAGGGCAAUAAAGUCAUUUGCAAUGGCGGAGUUGGAGGCCAGGAAGUUCAAGUACCCAAACACUGGAACUGAAGCUUUGCUAAUGGGCAUUUUGGUUGAAGGAACUAGUUUGGCUGCAAAGUUUUUGAGGGAAAAUGGUAUUACACUUUUCAAGGUGCGAGAAGAAACUUUGAAAUUGCUUGGAAAAUCUGACAUGUAUUUCUUCAGUCCCGAGCAUCCUCCCUUGACUGAACCAGCUCAAAGGGCUCUUGAUUGGGCGUUAGAUGAAAAAUUGAAGUCAGGUGAAAGUGGGGAAGUAACGACGGCACAUUUACUACUUGGUAUUUGGUCAGAAACGGAAGCUGCAGGGCAUAAGAUACUGGCUGCACUUGGUUUUGACGAUGAGAAGGCUAAAGAGCUGGCAAAAUCUAUGGACAAGGAUAUUGUUUUGAGCUUCAAAAGGUCUGAAGGCUAAUCGCCUUGAAAAUCUUAGUUAAGUACAUCCGAAAGAAAAGUAACCAUCAGCAUAAUGAUCUUAUUAUAUAGACAUUUUUUUUUUCAAGUAGGCCUCUCGAUUGUCCCACAAAUUACUUUUCCUUUUGGUGUUUUUGUAGAAAAGACAUUUCAUGUGAUUCAAAUGCCUAUGGUGAUAAUUGCCCACGGCAUAUAUGUUGUGAUGUUAUUGUCAUCUCUCUCAGUUCACUUUAACUUCAGUUUUAUCCAAAAACUAGUUUGUAACUAUAUUAUGCAGUGUUAAUCGAGUAAUUUAAGCAAAGAUUUUGUUGAUU